AGGUGGAAAUUUGUUUCAUUUUAAUCUCAAUUUUUUUUGUCAAUUGUUUUGCAGUUUUUGUGGCUACUCAAUUGGAUGAGCCGUUUUUGCUUCCGUUCGGCCCUUUACACAAUGAUCGAUUUGUGGAUAAAAGGAUAGAUCAGUGUUCGAUUGGAUACGAAGUGACUGAUCAAAACCGAUUCAUGUUCGGACGGACUGAAGUACACACUUUAUACACAUGUAACAAUGCAUAUAUUUGUAUAAACAAGGAGUAUCAGCUCAUGGACUUCCACGAUCCAGAUCUGCAGAUAAUCUAUCCAGCGCUUGGCCAAUACGAACUCAAGGACGAACUACUGGACGCCAUGUGUCUGGACGCUGCAGACUUUUACUAUCAAGAUUUCUACGAGGCAGAACAUAUUUGCUCCUUCUACCUACAGUAUGGACCGGUGGCGGCACAAGACCCUAUCACAGCCCAAUCCGUUAUGAACCCAACAGUAGUAAACUCUAUGUUCUAUUCUUACUAUGGCUAUUCAUACGAGGAAAAGGACUUGAUUGUGGUUGAAUGGAAUUCACAAGAUGUUCCCGUCGGCGAGGUGAACAUUGAGUUUGAUGACGUAGUUGCACGAAAACUAAUGGGCGAAAACUCGACAAAAUAUGUCAACUUGGGGAACAACGUUUUCAGCAGGGAAAGUUCCCAGGGCUCUGAUGAUUUUCUCAUUCUUGACACUUUCCUUCAAAUGCGGCAUGAAAACUUUCGGUCCACCUUCAGCUUCGUGGCAACUUGGUACAAGGUCACAAACCAUCUGACAAAAAUACUUCAUUUCAACAGCUAUCAAGCUAUAGUUGUGUGUGGAACACAAGAAAAUCGCGUUGAGAAAAGGUGUUUCAUCAUCUUCGACUUCUUCGAAAUCAAUUUCACCUCUGAUUUAGCCAGUGCUGAUUUUCAAUCUGGAAUUUACAUGGGAACUUUAGGGGGUUACACGUUACCUCGAUCCGGACUAGACGUAAGACACUACCAAGACACUACCAACUUCGGAAUUCCGGGAAUUUGGGUGUUCGAAUUGAGUCAAAAUAAUUCUGACCCCCUGGUUAUUUCACCUUUUGACCUCAACAUACGCUGCCCAGACGCCACUUUGAGCAAAUCACAUGCUUCUAUGUUUUCAACUGGAGAGAUCCUAACUUUCGGACCCUGUCCAGCAAUUGGAGGUGCCGGAGGACUGGUCGAGUUUUCCUUCAACGGGCGACAGGCUUUCAGAAAAAGAGUGCAAGCUGAGGAUUUUGACGGGAUUAAUUUUGACUACGCAGUUGUGAAAAUUCCAGAGUUUUGGGGCAUACAAGACCAGGUGGAAUUAGAAGUCCAACUGUUUUCUCCAGCUGAAGUGUCUGAUCCAAAUCUGGCCACUUUUGACUUUUUCUUCACGGCCCCUGGACAAUUGCGUGGAAAUUUGCUGACUAGUUUAGAUAUCAAAAAACUGAACGAAUCAACGGUCUCUCUGAAACUACAAGGCAAUGGAGAGACGACUUUCGAUUUGGUGGACAACAAUACCGAUGAGUUUAUUUAUCAAGGGGACCUCGGCUUGUUCACGGUCUUCAAAAUCAAAUCACAUAUCGAUGGACAAGAACUCUCUUCUGGUUUUGUUGCCGGCUCUUCCGAGGGAAAAACCUGCGCUGAAUGGCGAACCGAUGACAUGGAUGCUUUUUACAAGGGUAAUAAAGGCAAUCACAACUGCGAAGAAAAGAUACAGACCGUUUUCCCCUGUCCAAGAAACCCAGUAAUGCCUGAAGAGUUUUUGAACAAUAGUUCCUUGGUUGCCGAAAGUGACGCGUGGUGGGCAAGAGAAGAGGUCACAAGAGGUCUCACUGGAUGGCAGUAUGACUUAUGCUGUAACGACGUCGAUCCAGGCACCAUGUCAACCUUGAACGACCUUGGAAUCUGUUCAGACUCUGAAUGCGAAUUCAAUCCAGGGGCUCAGUUUUGCAUUCGAUCGCCUUUAAUGGACUGCGAUUUUCUUGACUCUGAUACGAACCGAAAGAUUUCGACCCAGUGCUGCUAUAAAAACGAUGGAAGUCUUAUUGAUGAUCCUAGUUUGCCAGAGGCUGGAGGCAUGCAAAUGGGCUUUAACUCAAAAGAGACAAUUUUGGAACAUUUUUACCAAGAUUUGAUGCCCAAAAGAACAUGCUGCUUCGAUGAAGACCUUUGUACCUUGUUCCGUGGAAGACGAAGAACAAUUGUCGGCGACUACAAGGGUUCAAUCAUGGUCUCGGCUGAAUUCGGCGGGCAUUUUAUGUCCGAAAACGGCUUCGAGUUUCACUAUCUGGGUGUCGGAGUUUUCGAUCUUCUGAAAAACGUUCCGGAUGACAAUGAAAAUGACGUUAGGGUUCAAAUUACGACCAGUGCUUUUGAAAACAGUGUCGUCAUUCGGGGCGUGGCCUUUUCAGCUGCGGGUCGCAAGAUUGAAAUUAUUCGGCCAGAUUAUCAUUUGGGACAGUCAUUGUUACUAAUCGACGGUUUCCAAAGCACACCAGAGCUUUUUAACUUCAGAGUCGGUCAUUUUAUUGAAAUUGACCUAAGCGAACCAUCUGAAGUCUCGGUUCGAGAUUUGAGAUCUGGCUUCGUGAUGAAAGUUUUGCAGCUGCCUUUGUAUAUCAUUGUUUAUAUUCGGAUGCCGCUGACCGGAAAUCAGAACACUGAGCUUUCCGGAGGUGUUCUUGGAUAUCUCGACACGAACAUCUUUUACGGCGAUAGCUCUCUGGCUCUGCACGCUCAACUAACCGAUUGGUUCAAAGUGACGAACGAGACUGAUUGGUUGUUCAGUUCGCAGUUCGCAGAUGUGAUCAAAUCUGAAAUGGCGGCUGCUGAAACAAAUCUGAGCUAUUUCGUACCAGAUACAGCAUAUGAAACAUACGGACAGGAUUGCGGUAUGGUUGACAAAUGUGUGAUUGACGCUUUUCUCGCCGGCGGAGAAGGAGUGCUGGUGCCUCAGAGCUACGAUCUGGCGCGAAGUCUCGACACGCGGGGAUCCAACUCUCAAAUAUUUUCAGAUCUGUUCCGAAGUGUCCUUGCUUUCGUGGAAACUACUGAUGCAAUCACUACAGAAAUAGAAGUGACUAUAACAACGACAACAGCAAACAGUUCACGAGUCAUGAUCAUUUUUCACCAACUGUUGGCUCUAGUCAUGACCUUCGUUUUUCAUUCGGAUCUUCAGCUUCAAUGAAAAACAAUCAACCAUGUCUUAACAUCAAUUCUUUUCCAAAUUCCUAAAUAAUUAUAUCA